AUGGGGCGCAACUCGGCUUUGUUUAAGCACCUAACUCAGGUGGAUUUCGAGGAAAUCCGACUGAAAGGUGGCCGAAAGAAGAAAGCCGACAAGAAAGCGGCCCCAGCUAAAGCAAAAGCAGAAAGCAAAGGAAAAGAGAAAGUAACUUUCUCGGAACCGCCGCAGCAGACGGAGGAUGAAGAGUCGGCUUCCCACUCUGAAAGAACCGAUACAAAGAAGACCGAGGACGAAAGAUCGGUCAAUGAAGACGAGCAUUCGGCCCAGAGCCCCGAUAAUACCGGUCCUGAUACCAAUCCUGAGACCACCGAGGGUGGUGAAGAGGAUGGUGAAGAAGGUGAUAAAGAAGCCGAUGAUGAAGGCGGCGACAAAGACAAGGAGGAGGCCGAAGAAGCAGAGGCCGAUAGGAUAUCUCUGAAACUCCUUCAGGGCGCCAAAAAGCGAGCCGAGUCAAUUGAGGAGUUAUACCUGGAAUGGCACGAGCACCGGUUCAGCACACCGUAUAGGGAAAUCCUACCGGGCCACACAGACUUGGAAUGCAUCCAAAGACUAGAGGAAGUGGAGGACUUGAUCAUGAAUCUCACAAAAUCCAACACAAUUCAAGAGGUAUUACACCGUACCUGCCUCUUAAAACCAAAGGUCCAACUACGGAAGCUAACCACACGCAUCCGGAAAAUUACGGAGGAGUUCGAAGCGGUGGGACCGGAAGACACCUUAACACCGCGAGUGUUAAAAAGGCUUGAAAAAGCCAAAGAAGACCUCAUUCAAGAAAUUGACCGGCUAGAAGCAAUAUGCAGUCAAAGAAAAAUACCGGUCUAUACUGCUCCCCGGAUCGAAACAAGUCCGGAUCACUGUCCAACACCUCCAAGGGAGAAUGCGGCAUCAAAAGAAUCCGAUGAAAGAGCGGAUCCUAAACUCACCGGGUUUGAAGACUCAACCGCAGAACGGAUUGAUAGCCGUAUACAAGAGUUUGAAGACUCCGCGGUUCAGCCAUUCAAGGAGAGAUUCCAAAGAAUUGUUGGCUCGGCACUCAAGUUCGCCGACACCACAAGGUAUCUCUUGAACAGAACUCAGGACCGGCUCUCAGAAAUCGACGAAGAUCAGCAGGAAGAGGCGGCUCUGUGCAGUAAAUAUUUUAAGCGAACCGUAAUUUUGGAGGAUUUGACCUCCGAGUUAAAGAAAGACUUCGACCGGCUCGAAAGAGAGACCGAUCAACGAUUGGCGGAAGUUGCUGGGGACCUGGUCGACACAACACUCGGACGGGUCUCCGAACUCGAGAAGAAAAAUGAGGGUCUCGAGGCCGAACUGAAGGCGCUUUCCGAACAAGUUGCCGAAUUGCUGAAGGUUAAGAUGAACGCGGAUGCCGCGGCUGUAGAGGCUGAUGCCCAAGCGGCUAAGAGGGUCCAGGAUGCGCUGGACGCCGAAGCGGGUAAAGAGAAGGAGGCACCGCGAUCAUCCCAACUUACCGAAGAAGAAGAGGAAGCCGAACGGAUUCGAAGGUCAGAGGCCAUGUUCCCAGGAUUUGCUAAGAAAGCAGCCGCUCAAGCUGCGAAGGAUGCUGAGCGGUUGGAAAGGGAAAAACGGAGGCUGGAAGGCUUCGCAGCCGACAACAAGAAGAAAAAGGCGGCCUCUUCUGCUUCAGCGCCGAAAAAGCGAAAGAGGGAAGGCUCAAUGAAAGUUCAAAUAGCCGACCUGCUCAAUGAGGUCACUGAAACAGUCAUUUUGAGUAUACCGCAGCAGGCUGCUCAAGUCGAAGAGGAAGUUGAAGAACAACUGCAGCACCGGUCUACAAGACAACGAGUCUCUGAACCGGCCAAUCGACCGCAACCGGAGAAGAAAAAGCGGAGCAUAUAUGACUUCUCGGACUCGGAAUAG